AAGUACUUCCGGUGGGGUCACCAACUAGCUUUUACGAGUGAAAUGUAUCUCUUGCGAACUAACGACCGUUUAGUUAUCAUGUGAACUCGUUCUUAUUUUACUUUUGAUUUAUUUCUUUGUAAAUAGUUGCUUUUAAACGUCUGCUUCACUAAACCGCUCUCGCUGAACGACUUUACGACUCGGUUUUGUCGCGAGGGAGGUAAAAAAAAAAAGAGGAAGCAAUAGCCGACCAUCUUUAUUCUUCUGCCAGCAAUAACAAGAAAGAGACCAGGCUAGACCCAAGUAGCGCCGAGUAGUUAGUUUAUUGUCUGUGUUGAAUUUGAUUUUAAAAAACGCUUUCGGUUAGAAUCUGAAGACGGACCCAAGCUCUCGGACAACAUUCGCUGCCCUCUGCCUCCUCCUCUCCACCGCGACAAAGUCUGGAAGUUUCGGAUCAAGAAGACUGGCUGUGAGGAAUUAGUAUUCCCGUUUUUUCAUGUUUCCAACAGGUUUAUCUUCCCCUAACCCCCCACCACCGGCAACCCAGGAGGCCAGACCCGCGACCGCUGAUGUCAAAGCCGACAGCGGUAACAUCACAUCUCCGAAGAAGAGGAAAAUAAACGGCUCCGAGAGGGAAGACACCAGCGACACCAUCUCCUCUUCUUCCCCCUCCAAGACCCUCAGUUCCUCCUCUUCGUCGUCCUCCUGCUCCCCAACCCCGCUGCACAUCCAGAAGAAGUUGAGGUUCGAGGAUUCGGUGGAUUUAAUCGGACUGGAUGUGAAAAUGGCCGAGGAGGCUGCCGCCGCCGCCGCCGCCGCGUCGUGCUCCAACAACAAAAGCAAAGCCAUGUUCCUGGCCGGCGGCGUGGGCCACCACGCGAACGGACUGACGAAAACCGCAGGAUCCGCCACCUUCUCCAGCAGCAAACCCGGCGCUGCCAAGAAACUAGUCAUCAAGAACUUCAGAGAAAAGCCGAAGUUGCCUGAAAACUACACACAGGAGACCUGGCAGAAGCUGAAAGAAGCAGUAGAGGCCAUCCAGAACAGCACUUCAAUCAAGUACAAUUUAGAAGAACUUUACCAGGCCGUGGAAAACCUCUGCUCCCAUAAGAUCUCUGCCAAACUUUACAAACAGCUCAGGUCCGUGUGUGAAGACCACAUCAAGGCACAGAUCGAUCAGUUCAGAGAGGAUGCCCUGGACAGCGUGCUGUUCCUGAAGAAAAUUGACAAGUGCUGGCAAGAUCACUGCAGGCAAAUGAUCAUGAUUAGGAGUAUAUUUUUGUUUUUGGAUCGCACAUACGUUUUACAAAAUUCAAUGCUGCCAUCAAUCUGGGACAUGGGUCUGGAGCUGUUCAGGUUCUACAUCAUCAGUGACCUGAAGGUCCAGAGUAAAACCAUCGACGGGAUCCUGCUGCUCAUCGAGAGGGAACGGAACGGGGAGGCCAUAGACCGCAGUCUGCUGAGGAGCCUGCUGAGCAUGCUCUCUGACCUGCAGAUUUAUCAAGACUCCUUCGAGCAGCGCUUUCUGGAGGAAACUAAUCGUCUGUACGCCGCAGAGGGACAGAGGCUGAUGCAGGAAAGAGAGGUGCCAGAAUAUCUUCAUCAUGUCAACAAACGUUUGGAGGAGGAGGCUGACAGAGUAAUCACAUAUUUGGACCAGAGCACACAAAAACCCCUCAUUGCGACUGUGGAGAAGCAGCUGCUGGGCGAACAUCUCACCGCAGUUCUGCAGAAAGGGCUGACUCACGUGCUGGACGAGAACAGAAUUCAGGAUCUGUCUCUGCUCUAUCAGCUCUUCAGUCGAGUGCGAGGCGGUGUUCAGGUGCUGCUGCAGCACUGGAUUGAAUACAUAAAGGCUUUUGGAAGCACAAUCGUAAUCAACCCUGAAAAAGACAAAACGAUGGUGCAGGAACUGCUGGACUUCAAAGAUAAGGUGGAUCACAUCAUUGAUGUGUGUUUCUUGAAGAAUGAGAAGUUUGUUAACGCCAUGAAAGAGGCUUUUGAAACAUUCAUCAACAAAAGGCCAAAUAAACCUGCAGAACUUAUUGCAAAACAUGUUGAUUCAAAGCUGAGGGCAGGAAAUAAAGAGGCAACAGAUGAGGAACUGGAGAAGAUGCUGGAUAAGAUCAUGAUUAUCUUUAGAUUUAUCUAUGGAAAAGACGUCUUUGAGGCUUUUUACAAAAAGGAUUUGGCCAAAAGGUUGUUGGUUGGGAAAAGUGCCUCUGUAGAUGCUGAAAAAUCAAUGUUGUCAAAGCUGAAACAUGAAUGUGGAGCAGCGUUCACCAGCAAACUAGAGGGAAUGUUCAAGGACAUGGAGCUUUCUAAAGACAUAAUGGUGCAGUUCAAACAGUACAUGCAGUGCCAAGACAUCCCCGGCAACAUCGAGCUGACGGUGAACAUCCUCACCAUGGGUUACUGGCCGACCUACGUCCCGAUGGAAGUCCACCUUCCUGCUGAGAUGGUGCGGCUGCAGGAGAUCUUCAAAACUUUUUACCUGGGCAAACACAGCGGCAGGAAGCUGCAGUGGCAGUCCACGUUAGGUCACUGUGUGCUAAAAGCUGAAUUCAAAGAGGGCAAGAAGGAGCUACAGGUGUCACUUUUUCAAACACUAGUGCUGCUGAUGUUCAACGAAGGGGAGGAGUUCACGCUGGAGGAGAUCAAACUCGCCACAGGCAUAGAGGACAGCGAACUGCGUCGGACGUUGCAGUCGCUCGCGUGUGGAAAAGCGCGGGUGCUCACCAAAAUCCCCAAGAGCAAAGACGUGGAGGAUGGGGACAAGUUCUCCUGCAACGAUGACUUCAAACACAAGCUGUUCAGGAUCAAAAUAAACCAGAUUCAGAUGAAAGAGACGGUGGAGGAGCAAGCCAGCACCACAGAACGGGUCUUUCAGGACCGUCAGUACCAGAUCGAUGCUGCUAUUGUGCGGAUAAUGAAGAUGAGGAAGACUCUGAGCCAUAAUCUUUUGAUGUCUGAGGUGUACAACCAGCUCAAGUUUCCUGUAAAGCCUGCUGACCUAAAGAAGAGGAUAGAGUCUCUUAUUGACAGGGACUAUAUGGAGCGCGACAAGGAAAACUCCAACCAGUACAACUAUGUGGCCUAGAAUGAGGGGAAAGUAACGCCGUUGGUUCAGUUAGCUCAAAAGGUGUUCUGAGUGAUCGGUCUCCAAAUCUCCUGCCCCCCACCCCCACCCCCACCCUGUGGAUGUUAACCAUUAUCAUCUCCAACCCGACGACCGACCAUUGAAUGGCUACUGCUCCACAGGGUUUUCGUCAGGGGUCUUCUGAUCCUGUGGACUGCAUGCCCAUAGAAGAGAAUAUCACCCAUAUUUCUCAGUGCCUCGGAGAGAGUUGGGACAAAGAAGACACACAGUUCAGUUUGCUCCUUUUUUUUAAUGGAGGAGAAAAAUAUUUAUUUUCUGACUUAGAUCCUUUUUCCAUAGUUUAAAUCAACAUGCUCUUUGUUUUUAAAUCUUUUUUCCCACUUUUUGUUCAUCCAGUAUCCCAAGCUAAUGCAGACACACCCAUCAAUGCUCUAAAUGUAUCACAUGUUUGAAAGGAAAAAAAAAACUAAAUAUUAAACUGAUUCUUGUUACUUCAGUCAUUGUUGAAUGUGGAACUGCUGGGCUAAUCUUCACAGCUGACAAUUAGUUAAUAGUUAGAGGGAAUAUGUGUUUAUUGUGUGACCCACCGCAGUUUUAAAAGGCCAUGGAGGCCAUAUGGUUUAAAAACUGUGAUCAUGAACACAAGUUAUACAAAAAAUAUAUGUAUUUGUGCCAAAAGAGGGCACUACUUUUGUUUAAAGUUGUUUUCAAGCUGCUAAACCAGUUCAGUUCAAGUAUUCGCAUACAAUAUUCUUUGUUGUUCAUUAUAAUUGUGUCAUUUUAAAUCACCAAUCUGUCAACAGGUUUAAGUGUUUUUUAAAGUGCAUCACUGUUAGGAGCCAUUGUUAUAAAAUGCACAGGUUUUUUUCUUUUGGAAGUCCGUUCAGGCCUAGACUGUGCUGAGAAGUGGAAGGGGACUACAGCCUCAACACCAGAGGGGAUAUACUUUUCUUUGUUUGUAUGAGUUUGUUAGAUUUAUUGCUUAACAUUAAAAGAACUCUUUCAGUCGG